AAUGGAACUAGAGUAUGUCAAGUUCACGGUUAAUCCAUGCGUGAAACAUGUAUUGUGGUUUUUGCAAUCACUGCUACAUGUCAUGUGUUGUGCAAACAUGCUGUUGAAAACAUGAUAUAAGGUGUUGAGCUCCCGGCAGUGUUGAUGGUAUAUACCAAGAUUGACAAUAAUAAUAUCAGAGCUGAGAAGGUUGCAGAAGAAAAUACCUUGUGAAAUAUUGUGACUUAUGGAAUAGCAAUUGUUAUUGUAUAUCAAUGAUAUAUUUUUUAUAAGUUAUUUGAAAUGUAUGUUCCUUGACAAGAGCAUUACUUUAUAGAGUGUCACUUGUGAUUAAUAUCACUGGUAAUAGACUAAUAGUCGGGUUCAUUUUUUGUUCCACAACAAGUCUUUAAUUUCCUAACUGCGAGGACAUCAUAUAGUUAACAUGUCGCCCUCACCAACCGAGAGAAUGGAUGACAAUAUUGAACUGGAUGAGAAGUUAACAGUUAGCAGUAUGCAUAAUGACUUGGACUUGAAAAACUCAAUUGUUAAUGAAAGUGCAUGCAGGAGGCGUGCAUGCGAUGAAAUUAAAAGUAGUGAAAUUGAUGGUAGUUCUAUUGGAGAAGAUGAUCGAUGUGUUGAUGAUAAUACUGACCAUAUAAAAUGUUCUGAGACAGACUGUAAAUAUUCCCCGAGUGCAAACACUGAUGAGAGGUCAUGUGUCAAAUGCCAGAAAUUAAACCAGGAUAAGCUGGCAAAUAUGACAGUGUAUUACAAAAAGAAAGAAGAUUCAAUUGUAAAAAAUUCAAGCAUUAGAUCAGUGCUGUAUGAAUGUUUUCCACUGUGGUUUAAGUCUUUUCUUAAAGAUCCAGAAUAUCGUAUGUCUGGUAUCAAAACAAAAUACUCUUCUGAAAUUCACAGACAUGCAGAUUCAUUGCUCAGUACAUCAAGUGGUUUCAACAAUUACAGAGGACUACUUAACCUUUGCAUCAUACUGUUGGCUUUGGCCAAUGCAAGAUUGUUCCUAGAAAAUAUUAUCAAAUAUGGUAUUUUAAUAGAUCCGGUAUCAUGGGUCAAAAUGUUUAUGAACCAGCCAUACAGUGUGGCAAACAUUGCUCUCUUGCUAGGUGCCAAUGUUUUCAUCUUGAUAAUGUAUUGCAUGGAGAAAGCCAUGUGUAAGAGCAUGUUUUCAGAGAAGUUUGCCUUGUGUGUACAAACAAUAAACCUAGUUCUCCUAAUAACCAUACCUGCAACUGUGAUUCUUAUCUUAGAGCCAAAUCCAUUGAUUUCGACUGUGAUACUUGGACUUUAUACAUCCAUGUUCCUGAAACUUGUCUCCUAUGCGUCUGUCAACAAAUGGUGCCGUCAGUCAAGGUCACCAGCUAAAACGCGUACAAGACGAGCAAAAUCUGUGAGCAUGUCAGAAGGCAGCUUUAUGGAGAAUGGAAAGGAAGAAACUUUACAGAUACAAUAUCCAGAAAAUUUGACUUUGAAUGAUUUGUAUUACUUCAUGUGUGCACCAACACUAUGUUAUGAGCUCAACUUUCCAAGGUCAUUGAGAAUAAGAAAAAGGUUUUUAAUCAGCAGAAUUAUUGAAAUGCUGUUUAUUAUACAAGUGAUAGGAGCAUGUAUACAACAGUGGAUACUACCGUUGGUCCAUAACUCGAUGAAGCCCCUAGAAGAGAUGGAUGGUGCCCGCGUCGUCGAGAGGUUACUAAAACUUGCUAUACCUAACCACUUCAUCUGGCUCAUGUUCUUCUACUGGUUUUUCCACUCUACGCUCAAUGUUAUCGCAGAGUUAUUAAAGUUCGGGGACAGAGAAUUUUACAAAGAUUGGUGGAAUAGUGAUACAGUCAAUCAGUUCUGGUCUACAUGGAAUAUACCAGUCCAUAGAUGGGCGUCAAGACAUUUAUACAAACCGUUAGUAAAGCGAGGAUAUUCUAGAUUGAAUGCUUCCAUCGCUGUCUUCUUUAUGUCAGCAUUCUUUCAUGAGUAUUUAGUCAGUGUUCCACUACAUAUGUUCAAAUUAUGGGCAUUUAUGGGGAUGUUAGGACAGGUUCCACUAGCUAUUCUUCAAUCGAAAUAUGUCCAUGGAAAAUUAGGCAACAUGGUGGUAUGGUUAUCGCUGAUUCUUGGUCAACCGGUCGCCAUUUUAGCUUAUUAUCAUGAUUUCUAUGUCAACCAUGUCGCGUACCAGAACACUGUACCAGCAAAUAUGACAGCACCGUAAUCUUCGGAGUUCACUAGUCGGUCAUUUCUCCUACAUUUGGACAAAAAGAAAAUGUCUGUGUUUUGGGUAUUUUUAAAAAAACACAUAUUUUUUUGUCAAUUGUU